AAUCUGGCUCCAGGAAGGGGGGCGGAGGGGAACAAGGCGAAAGCUCAGAGCUAUAAAUUCUUCCUGAGCUGUGAGGGGCAUUCAGUGAGCUACGCCUCCCACUACCACCACCACCACAGGUGCAGUGGGCUGGCACUUGGAGAGUGAAACUGGAGAGAGCUGGUUCCUGCUUGCACUUUAGUUCCUUCUAGGAAGGGAGCCUGGACUGUGUGCAUCUUCUCAGUGCAGAGUGCAGCUUGUCCAUCCCCAGGAGGAUGUCUCAGUGGCUCUGGCUCCUUGGGAAAAUCCUGCUCUUGAUGAAGGUGGCUGCCUCAGUGAACUUCUUCCACCACCGCUAUGAAGACCUGGUGCAAGCCCUGUUUGACGUGCAGGGUGCGUGCCCAUAUAUUACCAGGCUGUACAGCAUUGGCCGCAGCGUCCAGGGCCGCCACCUCUAUGUACUGGAGUUCAGCGACUAUCCUGGCAUCCAUGAGCCCAUGGAGCCGGAGUUCAAGUAUGUGGCAAAUAUGCAUGGAAAUGAAGUACUUGGUCGGGAGCUGUUAAUUCAGCUUGCAGAGUUCCUGUGUGAAGAGUAUCGGCAUGGCAACCAACGCAUCACUCAGCUUAUCCAUGAUACACGCAUUCACCUCUUGCCCUCAAUGAACCCUGAUGGAUAUGAGGUGGCAGCUGCCCAGAGCCAAGGUGUUUGGGGGUACCUCACAGGGAGAAACAACGCCAAUGGAGUUGACCUCAACCGUAAUUUUCCUGACCUCAACACCAUUAUGUAUUACAACGAGAAACAUGGUGGAUCCAACCAUCACAUCCCCUUGCCAGACAACUGGAGAAGUCAGGUGGAACCAGAGACUCUGGCUGUGAUUCAGUGGAUGGAAAGCUACAAUUUUGUCCUCUCAGCCAAUCUUCAUGGUGGAGCUGUAGUUGCCAAUUAUCCGUAUGACAAAGCCCAGGUGCAAAGGAACCGGAACAACUGGCACAAAAUGGACACCCCCACUCCUGAUGACACCCUCUUCCAGAAGCUGGCAAAGGCCUAUUCCUAUGCCCAUGGAUGGAUGCACCAGGGCUUGAGCUGUGGGGACAUAUUUCCUGGUGGCAUCACAAAUGGGGCCUCCUGGUAUUCACUCAGCAAGGGGAUGCAAGACUUUAAUUAUUUACACACCAACUGCUUUGAGAUUACCCUUGAAUUAAGCUGCAAUAAGUUCCCACCACAGGAGGAACUGGAACGUGAGUGGCUGGCAAACCGAGAAGCCCUGAUCACCUAUUUGGAGGAGAUUCACCAGGGAAUCAAAGGUUUGGUGUUGGAUGAGAACAACAAUAAACUGGCAGGAGCUGUCAUAUUUGUCCAAGGAAUUGGCCAUGAUGUCACCUCAGGUGAGCAUGGUGACUAUUUUCGACUGCUGUUGCCUGGCACUUAUGAUGUUACUGCAUCAGCAGAUGGGUAUCAGCCAGAGACAGUGACGGUGACAGUGGGUCCAGCUGGACCCUCAGUGGUAAAUUUCCAACUCAGAGAGAGCACAGUGGACCAUACCCCUGGUCCAAAGGUUUCUGACAAAGGCCCCCACAGUAAAGGUCUGCACAAGAAAGUUGUGCCACGAGCUGCCCCAGAAGACAGAACUCAGCUAGAUGGAAGCUGAUGGAGUCAUGUUUAAUAUGAGAUGUCAACAACUCUAGCAGAUGAACUUUCCAAGAGGCACUCACACCCUCUCCUGUCCCUCACAAGCAUGGAAUGAACUCAAACAUCCUUGUUUAUUAAAUGUCUAAUAUUUAA